AUGCAUUGGCCGCACCUGCUGUUGGCCUUCGGGGCCACAGUGUUUGCUCUUCCCUCGAAUCAGGAUGUCUGCCAAUCCGAACGGCAUGUCAUUGAUGAAAUUCAAAAUGACCGAGAGUCUCGGGCAUACUGUAGCAGCAGUGUGCUUCAUAUCCCAACUCACACGACUACCGUCACGAAGACAUGGACUCCGCCGCCAAAACACGUUACGAGCACUGUCUUCAGGACUAGCACUCACACUGCUUUGACAACCCACAUUAUCUCUCAGACCACUACUGAACACUUUACUGACACCGUCACGGAUCACCUCACCCUCUCAACCACCGAUGUUAUUGAUUCGACGCUAACAGUGGUAACCACCGACAUCGUAUAUCAGACAGACACAGCCACCAUCACUGCACUGUCCACCGCUACAAUUACAAACGUCGUGACUGAGACCGAUACCGAUGUGGUUACCGCAACCUCUACCGCCACCUACGAACAAGUUUAUGGACGCGAUUUCCGGGGAGAGGUAUAUCAGCAUUGGCCCAAUCAGCAGCAAGACAGUGUUCCCAAGCCUCUUCGAGGACUACAGAGCAAGGUUGUGUCAGAGAUUUGCUCUUGUCUACAUCUGCAGACACCAACAGUCACUCAUUUAGUGACCAAGACUGCCAUCAAGCCUACUGUUACCUCGACCCAGACAGUUCACCGGACAGCUACUAUUACCGAUACCAUCCUGUCAACUCACUAUGCCACGGCGAGAGUUACGAAUACUGCAACUUUAGAUUCGACCACUGUAAUUACCGUCGUGGAAACCAGCUAUCUCACCGACACUGUCACGGAAGAAUCCACCGUCGAGGUCACGACAGAUAUUACUACCGAGGUGACAGACACCGUGACUGUGACCGCCACAGACUCGGUGUUUGUUUCAUCUACGGCUUUGGAUGAAGUCACUGUGACCGAGUUAUCUUCAAGAUAUGUGGCCCCUUCAUCUACCUCAACAAUCAUCGCUUCAUCCAAGGCCUCCAAUGAGGUAUCAUCUUCAACCUUGGUUGGCACAACUACAUCUGCCGGAUUUGUGGUUACGACAACUUCCAACUCAAAUUAUGGUGCUGCUACGGUCUCGUCGUUUGCCGGUCCAAUUACACUCAGCUCUGCUGCAACAGCUACCAUGACCCCGAUUGACCCCCCGGUGUCAACAUGGGUGGUACCGGUGUUUUGA